AUGUCUAACGUGGAGAUAAGGUCGACCAUUCAUAGCUUGACCCAAGUGUUUUCUACUCAAGUGGAUAAGGAUGCAAGGGUGCAAAUGAACCCCAAUGCUAAAACUACCGCUUCAAGGAUUAAGGACUUCACAAGGAUGAAUCCCCGUACUUUCUUUGGUUCUAAGGUGGAGGAGGACCCACAAGGGUUCAUUGAUGAAGUGUUCAAAGUUCUUGAUGCUAUGGGGGUGUCUUCUCAAGAAAUGGCGGAACUAGCCGCCUACCAACUCAAAGAUGUGGCUCAAUUGUGGUCGGCUAUGUUGAUUCCUAGCAUGGACAUUCUUGUCUCAUGGUUCAUGCAGAACAAAUUGCGGAGCAAAACCUUAAGCAAGUUGCCCCAAGAGGGUAAAUGUGGUAGAUCUUAUGUUGAGAAGCCUCUUUGUGCAAAAUGUGAUAAGAGACAUGAUGGUAAGUGCCUAGUUGGGACGGUUAAUUGCUAUGGUUGUGGCAAGAGUGGUCAUAUGAAGAUAGAUUAUCCUAUGAUGAAAGCUCAAGGAAGGGAAAAUUCUCAAUCUCAAACAAGUGCCCCAAAUCCAUAUGCUUCUAAGAAGAAUCGCUUUUAUGUUCUCCAAUCCCGAAGUGAUAAAGAGAGCUCACCUGACGUGGUUACCGGCAAACAACCUCAAACUCUGCACUCCUUACCGGCUGCUUUUGAAGGGAAGAGUUCGGGAUCCUACCAUCUUGACAAGAGAUGGGAGGAACAGCUUGACGCUGCCAAAUCCUACUUGGACAAGGCACCAAAGAAGAUGAAGUAG